UACCAAUCUAAAUAGUAUAAUAGCAUGGGACAGCCACCGGCGGCCUAAUUCAGUAGCCAAUGCUUUCUGUGAGCAGCCGACAUCUCUACAAUGGAUUACGAAAACGAAGGAGGAGAAUCCUUCAACAACAUGAAUUGUACACCACCUGCGAUGGAUGACUUCCCCCACGAUUUAUUCACAGAAGAGCAAAGACGAAAUGGAGCAUUAGUUUUUCAUAUAGCUACUUCAUUAUAUUUAUUUUUGGGCCUCGCCAUAGUGUGCGACAAGUACUUCGUUCCUGCCGUAGAAAGGAUAUGUAAAGCACUCAACAUGUCAAAUGACGUUGCCGGAGCAACAUUCAUGGCAGCUGCAACCUCAGCGCCGGAACUAUUCGUCAAUGUUAUCGGAACAUUCAUCACGGAAGGAGACAUAGGAGUUGGUACAAUAGUCGGAAGCGCAGUUUUCAACAUCCUAGCUGUCGCAGCUUGCUGUGGAAUUGGCUCCGGUAUGGUUGUGCCCUUGCACUGGUGGCCCCUGACGAGGGAUUGCCUUGCGUACGGAGUCACUGUCAUGAUCCUCAUUUGCAUCAUUCACGACGAGAGAGUGGAAUGGUACGAAGCCAUGGUUCUAGUUGCUCUCUACACUGUCUACAUUGCAGUCAUGUAUUGGGACAAAUCUUUCCAGAAGUGUACCAGGAAAGGGUUGGGACAUGCCUCCAAAAAGGAGAAAAAGGAAAAACUAGAAAAGGAAAAACAAGAUUCUGUUGAGGUAGCUGAUGUGCAGUUGGCAGUGCCUAAUCCCGACACCAACACUAACUCGCCACAGCAGAACGGGAAUGUCGUGCGUCCUCCUAAUCCUCCACCACCGGUCGACUCUCCUCCUACCGAAACUGGAGCUUGGAGCAUUUUGAGUUUCCCUUACGGCAAGAGCUGGUUGAGAAAGGUGUCAUGGGUGUUGGUGCUGCCGAUACACGCUGUGUUCCUGGUCACCAUACCGGACUGCGAACAUCCUCGGUUCAAGAAAUGGUUUCCUAUCACGUUCCUCAUGUGUAUCAUCUGGAUUGGAGGUUUAUCUUAUGUUGUCGCUUGGAUGAUUACUGUUGUAGGCGACACACUGAAAAUACCGGACUCAGUGAUGGGAAUCACAUUCCUGGCAGCUGGUACGAGUGUUCCGGAAGCCGUCUCUAGUGUCAUUGUCGCCAAACAGGGUCAUGGAUCCAUGGGUAUCAGCAACUCCCUGGGGUCCAACACGUUUGACAUCUUGUUGUGUCUGGGUCUUCCCUGGCUGAUUAAAGCCUCGUUCCUCCCUACAUCCGCGGGUCACCACUUUGUCCGCAUCAACUCCCGCGGGCUCGAGUACAGCGCCAUCUCCCUGCUCUCUACGCUGCUGCUCCUCUACUGUGCCUUCGCCAUCAACAGAUUCAAGCUCGAUCGUAAGGUGGGCUACGCUUGCCUCAUGAUGUACGGAUUGUUUUUGGUUCUCGCAACGCUCAUCGAGCUGAACGUUUUCUUCACCGUAAAUCUUCCCACUUGUGGCAGAUCGUGAGGGACAGUAUUUGAAGACUCAUCAAAUUCAUUCACUCAUCAGUAUCAAAGGCAUACUGGAAUUUCAUUUAGUACAUAAUUUAGAGAGUAAUUUAAGUUUUUAGAAAGUAAUUUAAUAAUUUCAAAACUGUUCUCAAAGACUACGUUAUUUUUCAAGUCUAAAACAAAGAAUUAUUGUUGCUGAAUUCUUUUUUGGCUCGAGUAAUGGUUAUAUCUAUAAUGUGUUAAAUUCAUUGGAUAGAAUGAACUCAAGUUGUUGGUAACAUUGUGAAGUAAAUACAUAUCGCAUAAGCUGUUCAGGUUAAUCAUCCUCUCAUGUACAAAUAUUUAACUUUUAUAUUGUAUUGAAAUAUUCACUUUUUGUCAGUUUACACUUUAUCAGAAAUAGUUUUUGUAAGAAUAGUGUUUAGAGUAGAAUAAGCUCACAUGUGUUAUAUUAGCAUUUUUACCAGUUCAAACUCUAAAUUUUUUGUCUGCGUGGAUUAUAAAUCAUUAUAAACAUACUUUAAAAAAAGUUUACCAUAAAAAUAAUUGCUGUCAUAUGAUUCUGUUUAAAUUUCGCUUCCCUUAAAAACAUAACUUGUGUGCUUUUUGAUGCACCAUAUGCAAUUAUGGUGAUCAAAUUCGGGUUAGAGUUACAUUAAUAUUAACUUAAUUUUAUUAUACGAGUAUCUACACUUAAGAGUUUCCAUGACCCUGUGCAAAAAAAUGUUUUAAAAUUAAAUAAAUCAUGGGUAGGCAGCAGUUGCUCAGGUCAAUAUUAUCAAUCUAAUCCUAAACAAUAAACAUUUUAACUUUUUAAUGUAAAAAUGAAUAAAAGGUUCUCCUGCGUCUGAAGCAAUCAGUUUACACUAUUAAACUUUAAGAAUUUGUAAGCUUGUGUAUAAACUUAUAAUUCUAAUGUAAAAUAUAGUUGUAGUAUUUUAUAAAUUUGUUUAAGAGUUUAUAAAAUAAAUAGCUAGUCAUAGAA